ACGUAAUUUCAACCACCACCAUUUUCCGCUGUCGGCUUGACACAUGUUGCAACGAGAAAUCGCCAAGUAUCCAUUAAGUUCUACAUAUAUUUUGGCGAUUCAGUAUAUAACGUGUUCACAGAAAGAAUUUUGUAAGAACCAUUGAAGAAUGGAUAUGAAACUGAGCGUAGUUACACUUGUAUUGGGUUUGAUUUCGUACGUUUUCGGUGGCGAGUUGACAUUCGAACUACCAGACAACGCCAAACAAUGCUUUUACGAACAUAUUGACAAAGGUGUCGAGUCAACUCUGGAGUUCCAGGUGAUUACUGGAGGCCAGUAUGAUGUGGACAUGGAACUGACGGCACCUAACAAACAGGUUCUGUACAAGGACGUAAAGAAACAAUAUGACAGUUUUACCUGGACACCUGACCAGAAAGGCAUUUACCAGUUCUGCUUUAGUAAUGAAUUCUCAACAUUCUCCCAUAAAGUUGUAUAUUUCGACCUCCAGAUUGGAGAUGAGAAGCCUCUCUUUGAUGCAGACUCUGGAAGCAAACAUCACACUGCCAUGACACUGAUGGAAACAUCCUCUGUAAGCGUCCAUGAAAACCUGAAAGUGGUCCUGGAUUUCCAAACACAUCACCGCCUGCGGGAGGCUCAGGGUCGUGUCUACGCCGAGGACUUAAAUGAGAGAGUUUUCUUUUGGUCGAUAGGCGAGUCACUCAUUGUGCUGAUCAUUGGAAUUGGACAGGUUCUGGUGUUGAGGAGUUUCUUCACCGAUACUCGAAAUAACUCUAAGCCCUGAUAGAUAUGUGAACAUUACAAUAUUAAACAGUAUUUUCUUUAUGCUGAAUGUCAUCGCAGCUUUAAUAGAAACAGCCAUUGAACCUCUGUGUGGUACGGAUUAUAAUAGCCAGCUUGGGAAUCAAAUGAUAUAAUAAGUAUGUAGAAGGGAUCAUCACAGCUACAGAACUUGUGUGCUUUAAAUUUGUAAUUGAACUGGAGGUAAAAAUGAUGUGUAGCACGAAAAUAACGAUGACCUUCUCUUUUGAUAGUAUGACUAGAUUGUUAUUGACUGUUUACUUUAUAAUAUACCGCAAUGACAAUAAUACCACACACAAGUUAUGUAAUGAAAACAAAAACAGAAGGACCUUUUCUUCUUCUUUUUGUGUGAAAAAGUCUAAUUAGAACUGUAUGCUUAUAUGAAUAUUUCUUCAAAGUGUUUGCAGUAUAUAUAGUGUGUAAGGGAAAAAAUGUUAAUUAAGCAUACUGUAAAUUAACAUGCAUUUUCUGGAAUAGGUCAGUGAGCAAUUUGCUGUUUAUAAUAGAGAUUUACAAAAGUGAGUUAAGGAAAGUGAGAUGUACAUGUAUGUGUGUGAAUUUAGACAUCUACUGUAGAAGAACAUGUACAGAGCAUAGUUACUUGCAAAUACUCAUACCAGCUGUAAAAUCAUUUCAAAAUCUAAAGCUUGAAAAUUCAAAUGUGAAAUAAAAAUUGAAAUUUUAUAACAAAAACAUGAUCAAGUGCAUUGAACUGUUCUGAUUCAUCAUUCAGACCAUUUUAUUUCGUUACGUAGAAUGUUUCUGCAUCUUUUUGACUUAACUGUUAUGAAACAGCAUAUAUUGAUAAGAAUUGUCUAUUUAUAACUAUGUGACCUUGAGAUAAAGUCAAGCUCUAUUAAAUAAUGUAUUAUACACUGCCAUCCUAAAAGUCAUCAAUCUUUUGAUGUGUUAUUAAGAUAUUAUAAAUCAAUAAUUAAAAAAUUACAAAUUCUUGGAGUUUACUUUGAAAAUUGAAACCCAGGAUCAAGGUUGGGACCUACUUUUCAAGAAAGUCAGUAUACAUACAUCAUGUACAUUAAAAUUAUACUCCAGGAAUUAGACAUUAAAAAGAAUUUUAUUUUGUGAAAAAACAAGAAAAACGCUUUCACAAUUAUCAAAAUUGCUAAAUUCUAAGGAUUUCAUUGUCAAUAUCCAUAUCGGCUUAUGACAGACUAUAACAAUAUCAUUUUGAGAAGUUAGAAAAAAACUGCAAUACAAGUAUUUACCUAUUAAGUCAGAUUUACUGAAUUAUAUUCCUUUAAAGGAACAUCGAGUGUAUGUGUAAGUAUAUGUUGUAUGUGUUUAGGUAGUGGAAGAACAAAGGAUGGCGUCGUAAUAACAUGGAUUUUGUACGAAAUCCUACUGUUAAACCUCUCAACUUAUAGUCUCGUCUAGUCCAUAACUUUUGAUCUGAUCAAACCUUAAAAGUCCUUUAAUUUCAUCACCCAUAAUUCAGUGUACAUGUACAUAGAGACUCUGGCUAUGAUAUUGACGAAAAAUUCUGACGAGUUCUAAGUGGCUAUGCAAUUAGUAUCGUGUUUCUAUCCUUGAAACCAAAAUUGCAGGAUAUUAUGGGAAGAGUUCACGUUUCAAUUUCAUAUUGAUAUCAAGCUUGUUUUUUUAUUUACUCUGUGGGUAGGUAACAGAAUUAACAGUGGGUUCCUGACUGUAGUUGUUGACAACUUGUGUGUGUGUGCUAUUGUUUAUUUAUUAGUUUUGGUGUGUGUGUGUUUUGAAAGAGAAUGCAUCCAUCAUCUGUAGGGUGACAUGGUUAGGAUCAUAUUAAACAGAGAAAAAAGGAAAAAGUCAAGUUUUUUUUUUUGAGAAAUGAAUUAUAUGAUCAUUCAGAUGGUACAAAUAUAUUUGUGACCGAUAUAUUUUAAGUUCCUUCUCUGCGAUACACCUAGGCCGACACAAGGGAUAUCGAUUAUAGAGACAAAUUGUAAGAAUUGAACUAGAUAAUACUUGGUUUAAUUGGUGUUUGUAUCAAUUUGAUGUGCUCACUGAAUAAGAGCAGUACCCUAAAUACUUUUCACAAGAAGUUAUUAUAAUUCACUCUUCAAUUGUGUCCACCCACUAUCAAUGUUGUAUAAUUACAGACUUACAAAAUAUUUUAUAAUGAUAUUUUUUUCCACCAUUAAAUUACCUUUUUCAAUCCUUUUUAUGCAAUUUGAAAACAAAAAAGAAAUCUUUUGUAAUAGUUAAAUCGUUUAAUUUACUGUACAUGUAGAGAUUUUGAUCAAACUGAUAUCAAAUACAUGUUCUCCCUACCAGCUCUCGAGGAUAUAUGAUACUUAUUAAACGUAUGUUGGUAUGUCAGUUGUCGGCGAUGUUUGUACUAUUUGUAUAAUUUUUUUAACAUUGGAUGAUCGAUUGAAAAGUCACUGUAAACAAAUAUCAUUUAUUGAAAAAGAAGUUGUUUGUGUAAUGUGUGCUGGUCUACCACUUAAUGAGUAAUGAAUUAUAAAACAAGUAAAAUGAAAUUUGACACCAUUCUAUACGAGAAUUUUUCAAAAUCUUUCUAUUGACUACAUACACACACUUACAAUUUCAAAAAAAUAGAAUAAUGAGAUUUAUUCUAUUCUUAUAUCUGUAUCGGGAAAAAUAAUUAUUGAAAUUAACAUUAAAAAAAAAUUUCUCUUCACUUCAUGUCUCAAUACCAGAACUAAUUUUGUUCUUCUGAAAAUGCCUAUCAAUUUUUUCUGAUUUUAGGCAAGGUUCCUUUUCUGAAAAGCUAUAUAUAAAGUGCUGUAUUUUGUUUUUGAUUCACUAAUUAGAGUGAUUUAGUGUAACAGACAUGCCAUGUAUAACAGUAAUGUAUGAGUGACACCACAGAUUUUAUGUAAGGAUUUUAUGUUAGUAAUAAAUUUUUUACCAACUUGA